AUGGGAGUUUUGCUCUCAAAGAUAUGGUCAAGGCUUCUUAUGUCUCAGGAAAAGAAAAUAGUUAUUGUUGGCUUAGAUAACGCGGGAAAGUCUACUAUAUUGUAUCAAUUUCUUUUAGGUCAGGCUAUUCAGAUUCAGCCUACAAUAGGAAGCAAUGUAGAAGAAAUUACAUAUAAGAAUAUUAAAUUUCUUAUGUGGGAUUUAGGGGGACAAACGUCUUUACGCCAAUCCUGGCAUGCUUAUUAUAAAUCUACAUCUGCUGUUAUAUUGGUUAUUGAUUCAACGGAUAAAGAACGAUUAGACAUCUCUAAAAUAAUGAGGCAAUUGGAAACUGAUUUAAAAGAGUCAAUACUUUUAGUUUUUGCAAACAAACAAGACGUUGAAAAUUCUUUAAAACCUAAUGAGAUAUCUGAUGCACUAGGACUUGUUAAUUUUAAAGACAGAGCAUGGCAUAUUCAGGGUUGUUGUGCAUUGACUGGAGAUGGAUUAUAUAAGGGAUUAGAUUGGGUUGUUUCAUCGUUAACAGUGUGA